CGCUAGAGAAGAGUUGAUGAAACGGAUGCUUGCGUACUAACAGCGCAUGUUAGCUAAAAAAAAAAUUAUCUAACAACAUUAUUUUACAUUUAUUUCGCAAAGCUACAGGAAACAUAACUCUAAUGGAGGUUAUCGGGUCAAUAGAGAAAAUAAACGACCCGAGCCUAGCUCUUUCGUCUCUUCGCCUCCUGGUGCCCCCACUGCAGCUUCUGUCUGCUGCUAUGUGGCAGCUGGCGAAGCAGAAAGAUGUGAUGAAUUAUGAGAAGCUUCAGGAGUUUGUGUUCAUGGUGACAGAGGCAUUCCCUGGACUCAUCAACCACAGACAGAGAGCCCAGCUCAUUCUGGGUCUAAAAGCAAGGUUGAUUCUGGAGCUUUGCAAAGGCUCGGCUCGGGGUUCUGUUGAUUCUCAAGUGAUCCAGAGCUAUUUGGAUAGACUCCCAAUAGCCUCUGCAAACACAGAUUACAGGGACGCAGAGGUGAAAACGACAGAGUCCACCUUCAUUGCACUUGUUCAGAGCCUGCUGAAAGAUCCAGUUGAGAGAGCAUAUUUCUACCAGGAGGUGUUCCCAGUGGAAUAUGGGCCACAAUAUGAUGCUGCUCUGCACGUGUUAUUGUGGGAGCUGCUCUCAAAACUGGAAAAGCUGCUUCCAGUACCGGACUUAAAACAGACUGCAGCCUGGCUCGGCUCUGCUCCUUCUGUGUGGGAGGAAUGUGUUCAGUCCUCACCUGAAGACCUGAGCUUAAUCUUUCAACACUACAAAAGUUCAGGACUACUGAAAAUGCCAUGUGGCCCUUCAUCCACCAUCGGUAGCUGCAUCAUGUCUGCUUUAUCCAUUCCUCCCUCGCAAAAAACAAACAUCUCUGUUGGCCUGGAAUCAAUCCACAACUAUGCUAAUGUUCUAAACCCCGUCACUUUAGUUGGAACGGAUCAGUACAGCGUUGUUGCCGUCUACACCGAAGUGGAAGUUGGAGCGUCUGAAGUAGAUCAAGAAAUGAUCGAGUCAGCCGAAGUGCAACUUCAGACUGAUUUCUAUGAAGAGGAGAUAGUUAGCGCCGAUAACGCCGGCUGUGAGGAGGCUACCAGCUCGAGGGCAGAAGAAACAAGUGAAACUGUGGAUGUGGCUAAAGCUCUGGAGACUUUGACAAAAACGUUUGCACUAAGGAAGGAGAGCCUCGGUCAAGAUGUUCCGACAGGAAAGAGUAAUGAUUCGUCUCUAAAUGAUGAGCUUGGAAAUGCACCAGAUGAAGGAAAAACACACGACGGACAAGAAACAAGUGAUGAGAAAACUGAUGAGAAACAAGGAAACGUCGAAGAGGUGAAGGAGGAUUUCCAACCUGAAGGCGUAGAGAGCAAUAUGGACUCUUGGGCAGAUUUGAAGGGUGAUCGUGAAUCCUUUUCUGUUCAUGAAGAAAUGACAGAUGUCCCCAGUGAGGACCCAGUCUCUGAAACUCAACAGUCUCCCAGUUCGGCUAAUGUGCGCCGAUCCACUCGUCUACAAAUGAAGACCCCGCCCAGUCGGCAGGAGACGUGUCAGAUCCAGAGGUCAUCCAGAGAAAGUAGCCAAGAACCAAAAAUGAGCAAAGCCGAUGUAUCAGUCGCCCCCUCGGUUAUAGCCAUCAAAGGAAUUGACAAAGGUGAUUCGGACGAGAUGACCUCCAUCAUCUUCACCUGCUCACAGUGUCCCUUCCACAACUCGGACGAAAGCAGCCCGCCUCACUUCCACAUGCAGAGUGUUCGCACUGAAGUGUACAGUACUCUCUCAGGAGCCAAAUUUACACCGUCUCCUUCUAGCACAGAUGAGAUUUUUACAUCCAUUAAACUGUUCCCCAAAAGAAACACGGAGGAGAGCAAAGCAGAACAGUCUGACAAUCAAAGCAAUGCGCCACAGUCACAAAGCAGACAGAAGGCCCUCGCGUGCGAAACGUGCGGUAAGACGUUCACCCGGUCGUCAGACGUGAGGAGACACCAGCUCACGCACACCGGAGAGAGACCGUUUUGUUGCUCGCGGUGUGACCGGACCUUCCAGCACUCGUGGGAUCUGGCCAAACAUGAGAGCAAACAUCACGGCGUGGCCAUUUCUUUCUCCUGCGAGCUGUGCGGGAGCUCCUUCGCUAACCUCCGCGCGCUCACCGUCCACCAUAAGAAGUCUCACUCAGAGGAGAGCCAGCUUCCUCAGAUCUGCUCCAUCUGCAGCCACAGCUUCCCCACUUCCUCUGAGCUGCACGAGCACAGGAAGUCUCACGUCGCCGCCAAACGCUACAUCUGCCAGCAGUGCGGCGAGGGCUUCGACUCCCUGCUCGCGCGCUCCCAGCACCGGCAGAUGCAUCAAGUGAAGAGUCAAUUUAAGUGUCCGCAUUGUGAGAAGACGUACACUCGGAGAUCUGACGUAAAGAGGCAUCUGUCCACCCACACUGGGGAACGACCUUACCAGUGUAACCAGUGCAGCAAACGCUUCUCGCUCCGCUUUAUGCUCAUGAAACACCUCCGUGUUCACACAGGGGAGCGGCCGUUCCAGUGCUCCCACUGCCCCAAGAGGUUCACCCUGGUGUCGGUGCUGGCCAGACAUGAGCGGAUGCACACCGGGGAGAAACCUUUCCUCUGCUCUCAGUGUGGGAAGGGCUUUUUAUCGCAGGGAGAGCUUUCAAAACAUCACAGGUCCCAUGUGGACGACAGGCCCUACUCCUGCCCUCAGUGUGACAAGCGUUUCAAGAGCAAGAAAACCCAGCAGGAACACAUCGUCUCGCACACCGGCGCCCGCCCGUACCCCUGCGCCUACUGCGGGAAGGGCUUCACCAAACCGUACGCACUCACCAGACACAAUCUCAUCCACACGGGAGAGAGGCCGUUCCCCUGUGGACACUGCGAGAAGUCCUUCCUCACCCUCGGCGAGGCUCAGCUGCACCAGCGCAUUCACACGGGGGAGAGGCCGUACCCCUGCAACGUCUGCGAGCUCAAGUUCAAGAGCUCGUCGGAGCUGGCGCGACACAAGCGAAGCCAUUCGGGGUUGAAGCCGCUGAAGCCGUACUGUGAGCAGUGCAUGAAGACGUUCCCAUCCAAGGCCACGCUGAAGAAACACAUGAAGAAACACACAGAAGAGGGAGAAGCUGCACAGUCUGUGGACUCUAUACAGCCUGAGGAAUUAAAUCAUUAAACGAAUAAUGUAGAUGAUGUCAGUAGUUAAAUACGUGGCACUUUUUUAGGAUGCUUGAGUUCAGAUAGCUUUGAUCAGGAGAGAAACACGGGUCCACAGCCCUUGACUAUACUGACUUCACUAUCAUGUUUGGACAAGGAGUGUUUGGUACUGUUGCAUCCUUCAACCUUUGAGUCAACUACUCUGAAAGUUCCAAACAUUUUGACAUAUCAGUCUUUCAUUUGUAACUUUUCUCUCUCAUCUCCAGUUCUCAAGUUUGCAACACGUAAGUUAAAAUUAUGUUUGAAGUCACAUGCAGUUGUUUGUUUGAAAUGGAAUUCCAUUGACGAGCAGAAGGAACUAAACCAUUUGACUUCCUAAAGGAUUCCAUUUAAUCAAAGCUGGAUGCACUUUGCUUUCCUUCCAGAAGAUGGCGACCUAAUCUCACACUAGAUAUUUAUUAUGUCCCACUGAGUUACUUAUUACCUAUCUCUCCCAGGUGAGGCCCUGGGACAUCUUGAGCAUUGCACUGUGAAAUCCCAGGGCAGGUCUGAAUGUAGCCCCUCUCUCAGCAGGUAAGCCUGCCUCGUGCUCACACACCGGCCCCAGGAGAUGUGAGCCUAACUCCUCCGCUGUUUUCCACCUGACCUCCCAAGAUCCCUGUCCAGUCAUGUGGAGGGCAAACCAGCCUCAAGCGCUCACUCCCUACUGUUUCUCCCAUAGGCUCAUCUCACAUAGAAUACAACGGAAAUAUGCUCUAACAUUCCCUAUGAGCCUUUCACAGGAAGGUCCCUAAGAUUUUUUUUUUCAAUUUUGUAAAUCACUGGUGGUCAAAGUGCAGUUUGAGGAUGUAAACAUACAUGAAGGCUUCACAGAAAAACAAGGAACUGUUUAAUUUUCAUUCAAUAUGAUUUCCCUCAGUAAACAUCCCAAAGAAGACAAUGUAUAGGAAUGAUCAUGUUAAUCACAGAAUCUGUUUCAUCACGCUUUUGAUACAUAAAUAAAUAUUAACAACAGCUGAAAUCUGAACAUAUGGCGCUCUGAUUAAAUUGGGAUCUUUAAGAUCUAGAUUUGAAAACAUGUUGGAACCCUGGUUGGGAAUCUAUAAUAAAAUAAAACAUCAUUGCU